ACGCAGAGGCAGGGAGGGGCUCUCCACCCGGUCCGGCAGCUGAAGCUCGGCGCCCGGGUUAUCCCUGCAGCGACGCCCCCUGGUCCCACCGAAACCACUGCUGCUCCCGCCCAUUCGCUCCUCGGCCGCGCCAUGGGCACCCGCGACGACGAGUACGACUACCUCUUCAAAGUUGUUCUUAUUGGAGAUUCUGGUGUUGGAAAGAGUAAUCUCCUGUCUCGGUUUACUCGAAAUGAGUUUAAUCUGGAAAGCAAGAGCACCAUUGGAGUAGAGUUUGCAACAAGAAGCAUCCAGGUUGAUGGGAAAACAAUAAAGGCACAGAUAUGGGACACGGCAGGGCAAGAGCGAUACCGAGCUAUAACAUCAGCAUACUAUCGUGGAGCUGUAGGUGCCUUAUUGGUUUAUGACAUUGCUAAACAUCUCACAUACGAAAAUGUAGAGCGAUGGCUGAAAGAACUGAGAGAUCAUGCUGAUAGUAACAUUGUUAUCAUGCUUGUGGGCAAUAAGAGUGAUUUACGUCAUCUCAGAGCAGUUCCUACAGAUGAAGCAAGAGCUUUUGCAGAAAAGAAUGGUUUGUCAUUCAUUGAGACGUCUGCUCUAGACUCUACCAAUGUAGAAGCUGCUUUUCAGACAAUUCUAACAGAAAUAUAUCGCAUUGUUUCUCAGAAGCAAAUGUCAGACAGACGUGAAAAUGACAUGUCUCCAAGCAACAACGUGGUUCCUAUUCAUGUUCCACCAACCACUGAAAACAAGCCAAAGGUGCAGUGCUGUCAGAAUAUCUAAGGCGUUUCUCUUCUCCCCUAGAAGGCUGUGUAUAGUUCAUUUCCCAGGUCUGAGAUUGAAAUAUAUUUGUAAUUCUUGUGGUCACUUUUGUGUUUUAUUACUUCCUCAUCCUUACGGAUUUUUCCAUGUCUUGAGUCUUUGGAUUUUAGGUUUAUAAAAUCACCCACUUUGUCCCGAAUGACUGCAGCUUUUUUUCAUGCUUUGGCUUCACUAGCCUUAGUUUAAUAAACUGAAUGUUUGAAUUCCUCAAUUACUGUUUACUUUUCAUCAUGGAAGCCUGUCACUGUAGGACAUAAUAGAAUUUAAUCACUUGAAGUUCAGACUUACUGGUCUUAAUCAAAUCAAACUAAGAAGACCUUAGAAAUAAGCUAUUAUUUUGCCACAGAGCAGCUUAUAAGUAAUACACUUUUCUCAGUGCAUUGUAGAUUUCAACAAAUCUAAGAUUUACCCUGUAAACAUAGCAGGAUUUUGAGAGCUUGAAAAUUUUCCAUUAUUCUGAAGUCAAUUUCUAAAAUGCCUUAAUAGGUUUAUGUAGUUUAGUAAAUUUUGUUUAAUUUUUGUAAACAUCAAAAUUGAAUAAAGAAGGGGGCAUUUUUUUUUGGACAAGAAUUAGCUUAACAAACACAAAAGACUGUUCCGGUUUUGGAAGGGGUGUGGUUAUGGGGCCAUAAGUUAAACAAUGCUGCCUGGCAGGCUGGGAACUGAGAGACUGAUAGAUUCCUUCUUGAGGUGCCUCUGUUGCAAUGUCAGUAGCCCAAGUCAUUUAACUGACCUAAUUUCUCAGCAGUAGAUUAUGUGGCAUUUACUGCUCUUUUACAAUAACUGAUUCAAUGCUCAUGAUACCAAAUUUGAAGUGUUAAUUUUGUUUUAAAACCAUCCAGUAAGUGAAAUGCAACCUAGUUUGAUCACAUCUCUACCCUACCAGCAGGCAUGGGUAAUUAUUUUAACAAUGCUUAUGUUUAAGUUUUGCAGUGCAUAAUGGAAAAUAGUCUAGUUGAAUCUUUGGUUUUAGAAUGUCUAAAGAAUACAGUGAGAGGUUAAUUUAUGCUAAAGUGGUACCAGUUAAAGGCAUGUAUUCUUUUAGUAAGUAAAAUGAAAUAGUACCUUGAGUUUAAAUAGAAUGCAUUUAGGCAUUGUAGAGACCUGAAGUAAUUUUUUUCCACUACAUAAUUGAAAUCAGUGGAGUAACUAGUUUCUGAUUCAGAAAUGUGCACACUAAUAUUUAGUUUUACUUCCUUGUGGGUAAUAUUAAGCACUUUCUCUGCAGUUUUCUGAAAGUUGUCAACUGCAGAGAUACUAUUCAGGAUGAUGGGAUAAUGGAAAAAUGUGUGUGUGUGGGCUUGCAUAGAUUACUAUGUUUCAUAGUUAAUCCUCUGUCUUUUGCUGUGCGGUGCUCAUGAUGUGUGGGGUGCACGGAAGGCAUUGCUGUAGUCAGUCAUUUUGGUUUUCUUUUGUAGCUGUUUUAUUAUUUUAGUGUAUUGGUUAUAAAGAUACUAUUGUUUGUCUAUUUGUAAAUUACCACUUUGUAUUUUAUGCAUGCUCUGUAACUUGAUUUCUUUUUUUUUUUUUUUAAGUUACUGAUUUGAAAUAUAUUCUCAUUCUAAUAAACAGUUAUAGGGGGA